AAUGAAAGGUCAGUCAUGUCAGCCUACACUUCAGGCCAAAAAAAUUUCGGACGGUUUCAUUUUCUGCUCUUUUUUUGUCCUCCGAAUUGUUUUGCAAGUAAAAAAUAUCACCCAUAUUUAUUUAUUUCACUAAGCUACCUGCGAUCAGGCGUUUUUUUUUCGUUGAACGGGGGAAGGGGAAUUGGGAAAAAGUUCUUUUUCUUCUCCUUUUCCCGAAGAUCGCAGGUUACGCGGUAAGCAGAUUAGACCCUGGGUAUGAGUCGCUCGCGGGUCCUCCCGCGCGUAUGCCGAUUCCAAGAUGGCGUCGACCUUCGAGGCAACCAUGUUUUAUAUUUUCAGAGAUAUUUGACGGUAGCUCUUCUUUCCAAGUUUAAAUCACGAAUCGUCAUGCCUAAACGCAAGGUGACCCAGGAUUUAUCAGAUGAUUCAGAUUUUGAAGUUGAUGUAGUGGAAAUCUCUGACAGCAACAGUGAUGUAACAGGAAACCCUUUACCCAGUAAAAGAUCAUCAAGUUAUUCUUGGAGAAACAAGAAAGUGCCUAAAGGUCAGUGUAUAAAAACAAAAAGAAGAUCCACUCGACUCAAUACAAGAAGUGGUUCAGAAGACAACCAACAAGAUUGUGUCAUUUGUCAUGGCUUUGAGGAUGAUCAGGAGUUCUUACAAUGUUCAAAUUGUAAAACAAUUGGACACAGAUCAUGUUUGAACCUAUCCAGCACUACCUGUCCCAGGUUGGAAAGUUCUUUGUGGCAAUGUAAAGAGUGUAAAUUGUGUUAUAUAUGCAAGGUAGCUGAAAGUGAGGUGGAACUUGAAAUGUGUGACAGCUGUGACAGAGGAUUCCACUCCCCAUGUGUUUCUCAACAAGUGUCAGUGCAACGCAUCAGUAUGUGUCCUGACUGUGCAUCAGUAAACCCUAACACCAUGCAAUUAGCUAACACUAUUGAAACUUGUGCAGUUAAGAAAAAGCGAGGGAGACCAAGGAGAGUCCAAACACCAUCGGAAAUAUCUCAAACUGACUAUGAAUCAGAAAGUUCACCUGGCACUGUUUACACACCCAACACUGAUCCUAAAGAAAGACAAAUUGUUAAAAGAAGGAAGAAAUGUCCCACGCCUGGAUGUGAUGGGAGAGGGCACAUGACAGGCAGAUUUGAAAUGCAUCAUACUAUAUCUGGCUGUCCAAAGUAUCACAAUAUGACACCACAAGAGUGCAAGGAGAAGGCAAAAGAAAGAGAGAAGGACCUGACAGUUUCUUCUGAGCAAACAAGUGUGAAAUCAAGCAGAUCACCCAACAAGAUGGAGCAGCCCAAGAAGACAUUAAGAAGCAAAGUUCAGCUGUCCUUUAUGCCAGAAAAGAUCCGUGCAGCUGUAACAAGCAAGGAAAUUACUCCAGAGGAACACAGUCUGCAGAAAGGCAAUGACAGAAAGAUGAGCAAGUUAUCUAGUGAAAAUCUUCACAACGUGCCAGGUCAUCCCUGUGAAUCGGAUACAAAUGGUGCUUCAGCGGUUGAACAUCUGGAUGAAGAAGCUCUCAAAGACAUAGCGACAGAAACUGAUUUCAAAUUGUUCAAAGAGGCUUGGAAAAGAUCUAUAGAUGCUAAUGAAGAGGAACUGCUGCCAUUAAAUGGUAGAUCUGGAAGCCGUUCUAUCGUGUUUGGUUCUUUUGAGAUAGAUACUUGGUACUCCUCUCCUUAUCCUGAGGAAUUCCAACGACUGCGAAAAAUAUACAUCUGUGAAUUCUGUCUCAAAUAUAUGAAGAGUCAAACAGUUCUUAGGAGACAUGUGGCUAAAUGCCACAGUAGAUAUCCACCAGGAGAUGAAAUAUACCGAAAGAAUGGCCUUUCUAUAUUUGAAGUGGAUGGAAAAAACCACAAGGUUUACUGCCAAAACUUGUGUUUAUUGGCCAAGUUAUUUCUUAAUCACAAGACUCUUUACUAUGAUGUGGAACCUUUCCUGUUUUAUGUCAUGACGGUAGCAGACUCAACAGGCUGUCACAUGAUUGGUUACUUUUCAAAGGAAAAGAAGUCCUUUUUGAACUACAAUGUAUCAUGUAUACUUACCCUGCCAGUAUACAUGAAACAAGGAUAUGGAAAAAUGCUGAUUGAUUUUAGUUAUCUCCUAUCAAAAGUGGAAGGAAAAGUUGGUUCACCCGAGAAGCCUCUAUCAGAUCUUGGACUGAUUAGUUAUCGCAGUUAUUGGAAGAGCAUUUUGCUUAAAUAUCUCAAGAAUUUUGGGUUUGACAGGAUCUCCAUUAAAGACAUCAGCCAGGAAACAGCACUUCAUCCAAGUGACAUUAUCAGCACUCUACAGUAUUUGGGUAUUCUGAAGUACUGGAAAGGAAAACACGUCAUUUUAAGAGCCACGGAUCUAUUUGAUGACUACGAGAAGAAGGCUUUAUCUAGGCCUGCCAGCUAUCAGGAGAUUGAUCCCACGUGUCUAUCGUGGGUCCCAAGAACUAUUCAAGAUGAAAAAACAUAGUAUGGCCACCCUUAGGGUUGACUGACAAGUAGAGCAGAACGACGUGUACUAAAACACAAAGUUUACAAGAUCGUCUUAGUCCCUCUGAUGGAGAUAACGAUUGUUGCUCCCUUACAAAGGCAGCAAUCCUCAUGGGAAGUCUUGGGACGCUUCAUCUUUUACCAAUAAAUCUUUGUCUUCACCUCCCCCUCACAGACCAACUCAGUGCUGACGUUGAUCCAUACAACAGGCCCCAUGUUCUCCUUUCCUUUUUUUUU